AUGAACGCCACGGGGGACGACGGGCUCCUCCUCGGCUUCCGCAACCGGAGCCGAGCCUCGGGCGCCGCCCCCUCGCCGGCCCUCGGGGGCCGCGCCCCCUCCCCCGCGGGGUGCUCCGAGCAGCUGCCGAUCUCCACCGAGGUCUUCCUCGCCCUGGGCGUGGUCAGCCUGCUGGAGAACGUCCUGGUGGUCGCCGCCAUCGCCAAGAACAAGAACCUCCACUCGCCCAUGUACCUCUUCAUCUGCAGCCUCGCCGUGGCCGACAUGCUGGUCAGCGUGUCCAACGCCUCCGAGACCGUGGUCAUCGCGCUCAUCGACGGCGGCGGCCUCGCCGUCCCCGCGCCGCUCGUCAAGAGCCUGGACAACGUGUUCGACUCGCUGAUCUGCAGCUCGCUGCUGGCGUCCAUCUGGAGCCUGCUGGCCAUCGCCGUGGACCGCUACGUCACCAUCUUCUACGCGCUGCGCUACCACAGCAUCGUGACGCUGCGGCGCGCCCUGCUGGCCGUCGGCGGCAUCUGGACGUGCUGCGCGGCGUGCGGCGUCCUCUUCAUCGUGUACUCGGAGAGCGCCGCGGUGCUCGUCUGCCUCAUCGCCAUGUUCUUCGCCAUGCUGGCGCUCAUGGCCUCGCUGUACGUGCACAUGUUCCUGCUGGCGCGGCUGCACGUGAGGCGCAUCGCGGCGUUGCCCGGCAACGCGCCGGUCCGCCAGCGGGCCAACAUGAAGGGCGCCGUCACGCUCACCAUCCUGCUCGGCGUGUUCGUGGUGUGCUGGGCGCCGUUCUUCCUGCACCUCGUCCUCAUGCUCGCCUGCCCCAGGAACCCGUACUGCGCCUGCUUCAUGUCGCACUUCAACAUGUACCUCAUCCUCAUCAUGUGCAACUCCGUCAUCGACCCCGUCAUCUACGCCUUCCGGAGCCGGGAGAUGAGGAAGACCUUCAGGGAGAUCUGCUGCUGCUCGCACGGCCUGCUGUGUGUGUGA